CAUUAGAAAUUAAUCUGUGGCUUGCUUCCGAAUUGACAAUUGCAAAAGACAUCGCAAGUGACAGUUCACUUCAUAACAUUCGACUAACCUAAAAUAAUUUGAGAUUGAGAAUAAACUUUUACCACUCGAAUUAAAUAAGAUUAUUGUAUUUUAAAAUGGGUAUAACAAGAAAGGUUCUCAAUUGGUAUGCUAGAAUUGGACCUAGUCACGGCAAAGUAUCGCCACCUUACGAGCAUGUAGUACAAAUUGGAGACCCCAUAUUACGUAAAGCUUCCGAAGCCGUCCCUGUCGAUCAAAUUAAGACCGAAGAGAUCCAAAAAUUGAUAAAGAAACUGCACUAUGUCCUGGACAAGUACGGUAGUUUGGGCAUGUCCGCCCCGCAAGUUGGCGUCAACAAAAGGAUAUUUGUUAUGAGACACACAGCUAAACAAAUCGCCGCUCUUCCUAAAGAAAUAGAAAAAUCCAGAGGGAUGACAGUAGUUCCAUUUAGUGUGUUCAUCAACCCAAAGUUGAAGGUGAUUGACUACAACAAAGUGACAAUGUCUGAGGGUUGUGAAAGCGUUCAGGGUUACAUUGCUGAGGUAGCUAGGUAUAGGGCAGUGGAAAUUUCAGGACUAAAUGCAGAAGGCAACAGCACAUCGACCCAGUUCAAAGACUGGGCAGCACGGAUAGCCCAGCACGAGAUGGAUCACUUGGACGGGAAGCUGUACACUGACAUCAUGGACCGGAAGACUUUGCAGUGUACGUGUUGGGAGGAGGUCAAUAUGGCAAAAGGAAAGGUUGUCAUACCAUUCUAUCCCGAUUGAUGUAAUUGUGAGACUGUUAUUAUAGUACAUUAUGUUAAAUACAUAUUAUAAAUUAUUCUUAUUGUCUAGAAAUACAUUAUAUUACCCAACCUGCCGCAUCUCCUUGUACAGUUGACAUCACUAACUACCUAAUUCGCCUUUACCGCGUUAUAGUUCUAUACAAGAUAACUUAAAAUGCAGUAGCCUGUACCUAAGUAACAACUGAAGCAACAAAACUCGUUGAAUUCAUAGAUUUAAAAAUACUUAUAAUACAAACUUACAUCACGCCUCUUUCUAUAUCUUCCCACUUGACAUGAUCCCUGUACUUUUUUCUCUACAUCCACAUUCAUAACUCUCUUCAUUCAAGCUGAACGGUGUUGGGUACUCUUGACUUGACUUUUGGUCAGAAAGUCUCUGAUUUAAUCAAGGUACAUUCAUUCGUUUAGGCCUUCCCACUCUACCAGUUCCAUUCACCCACAAUAAUAUCCCCAUAUAUGUAUAUAUGUCACCGGAAAAUAACAAGUUAAUAAACUGUUCAUCUCUCGUGUGCCGUGUGGUUCCCGGCAACAUUACAAAAAAAAUAUAGGACCACUCGCAUCACUUUCCCAUGAUUGUCGUAAAAGGCCACUAAAGGAUAGGCUUACAAACUUGAGAUUCUUUUUUAAGCGAUGGGUUAGCAACCUGUCACUAUUUGAAUCUCAAUUCUAUCAUUAAGCCAAAUAGCUGAACGUGGCCAUUCAGUCUUUUUAAGAUUGUUAGCUCUGUCUAGCCCGCAAGUGAUAUAGACGUGACUAUAUGUAUGUAUGUAUUUCUUUAUCUCCAGGGCCAUCAACCACAGAUCAACAAUUAACCACAUGCUUUACCCCAAUAGCCAAGACAGAUAAUUAAAUUAAACAAGCUGGAUUUAAAAUAUAAACAAACAUCAAUGAAAGCAUCUUUAUUUCAUUGCAGAAUUACAAUAAAGCGUACAACUAAAAAUUUAAUGUUACAUCGCUCGUUGAACAUCACUCAAACUGAACAACUUUAUAAUAUUUUUUCUAUAAAAACCGUCAGUGAAAACGAUAUUCAAAUGAUUCUAUCAGUUAAUACUCUGUUACUUGUCUUUUUAAUAAAUAUUGCGUAAAUAUGAAAAACUAAAUUUAACAUUAACAACUUUACCUAUACGUCCGACAAAAUAUCUCUUUAUAGACAAUUCCUUCCGUUGAACCAGCAUUCACUUAUUUUUCAUCAGUAUAUCACAUCCUUUCUACAAAGAAGAAAAUUGUAUAACUUUUAUGUAAUCGAUCGAUUAUAGCCACUAUCUGUGGUAAACAUAACCUAUGACCUUAAUGCAUACAAUCUAUUUGAUAUACACAUAUAUAAUCACGUCUAUAUCCCUUGCGGGGUAGACAGAGCCAACAGUCUUGAAAAGACUGAGAGGCCACGAUAAAUUAUGGCUUUAAUAUACAAAAAUAUAAUAGCUGCAAUAAGUUCUAAAAUAAUGAAUAGCCAACAUUAUUUCUGACAUUUGUCCUGGUAAGUCUUCCCCUAAGGAGGAAAUGUGAUGCAGGAAACGCGGGUGAUGCAAAGCGACACCUAUCUACAGGCCUAUCAACGAAUGUCUACAAGGCAAUUAUGCUGUUUUCUUAUAUUAGCUAGUACCAGCUGGUUCCCGGCAAUGGGAUAUAUUGCGGGGUAGACAGAACCGACAAUCUCUUUUAAAAGAUUGACAGGCCACGUUCAGCUGUUGGACUUAAUGAUGGAAUAGAAAAAAGAAUAGGACCACUCCAUCUCUCUCCCAUGGAUGUCGUAAAAGGCGACUAAGGGGUAGGCUUAUAAACUUGGGAUUCUUCAUUUGGGCGAUGGG